CCGCCAUUUUCUGAGAGCAGUUCCUCCUACGUUGUUGCGUACGUUAGGUGUAUUUAGACUUCUGUAAAUAUUAGGAUAUUUGAUAUAUAAUUUAAAGCUUUCCAGCCAUGGGCACGUCUGUUACGAGCAAGAUUUUUGUUCUGCUUUGUGUUUUUCUUCACUGUGAGCCCUCACUUCAGACAGAGAAGCACUCCCUGUAUUACAUUUACACGGCCUUGUCCAAACCUGUUGAAUUGCCAGGCAUCCAUCAAUUUACUGCUAUGGGCCUGCUAGAUGACAGAGAGAUUGACUAUUACAAUAGCCAGGGACAGGAAAAGAUUCCCAAACAGCCCUGGAUGGAGAAGAAAAUGGACAAGGAUUACUGGGUAAAAGGCACCCAGUCCAGAAAGAGCAAAGAACAGUGGUUUAAUGUGAAUGUCGAUAUUUUGAUGAAACGAAUGGGACACAAUAAUUCAGAUGUUCAUGUUCUUCAGUGGAGACAUGGUUGUGAAAUUGAGAAACAGGGAAGUGAAGUGAAGUUUUCCAAAGGCACUGAUGAGUACAGCUACGAUGGAGAGAACUUUUUGUUAUUUGAUGAUAAGGAGUCUCAGUGGAUCGCUCCUGUUGAUGCAGCUGUUCCAACUAAGAGGAAGUGGGAUAAUGUGGCCAUACUUAACCAGUAUACCAAGGGCUACCUGGAGAAAGAGUGUGUGGACUGGCUUGACAAGUUCAGAAAUUAUGGAGAACAGGAGCUUAGGACGUACUCUGCUCCAGAAGUUCAUGUAUUUGCAAAGAGGUCUACCAAAGACAAAACCAAGCUGAAACUCACCUGUUUUGCCACUGGCUUCUACCCCAAAGAUGUGACAUUUCUAAUUAGAAGAUAUCGCUCAUCUCUGGCAGAAGAUGACAUUGAGUCUUCAGGAGUCAGACCAAACCAUGAUGGAACCUACCAGUGGAAGAAGAGUGUGGAGAUCCCAGAGAAUGAAAAAGCAGAAUAUGAUUGUUAUGUGUCACACACAACCCUCAAUAAACCAAUUACAAUUAAAUGGGAUGGGAUAUGCCCAGACUGUGGAGGCUCCAUGGUUAUUGGAAUUGCGAUUGGAGCUACAAUUGUAGCAACUGCUGCUGCAGCAGUCUUCCUUUACCUUUAUAUGACUAAAAAACUCAUUUGCUACAAAAAUAAUGCAGAAAAUGGGAUUCCUAAGAUUGAAAAUCUCCUUUCAGGACAAAAUGGAGUGAAAACUGAAGCCAUCUAACAGAAAAGGAAUUUUUAUGUACUCCAGAAAUUAAUCUUAUAGUUGUAGUACACUGCAAUAUUAUGAUUUCUUUUUGUGCCAUGGGAAGAAGGAAAAGUAGUGACUGAAGAUGGAGAUUGAAUUGGAAUUUUUGGACGUGCUUUGCUUUCCUGAAUUAUCUUACUGAGUAAGAGUCAGAUACAGGUACAUACGUAUACUGAUGGAGUGAAAUAUGGAGGAAUUUUUUUAUUUCACCUCAAGAAAAAUGUAAAAUAUCUGGAAUAACUCCUUUUUCCUAACAAAAAGGAAUUAAAGGAUAGCUAUAGUUAUUUACCGUUAUAGGCAAAAAGGUUUAUUUAAAUUGGGUAAAACAUUUCAUUGGAUAGCCAUAUUCUUGUUAAAUUAACGCAUUUAUCAAAGGCUACAAAUAAUUUUAGCCUUAAGGCAAAAUUACUUGCAUUACAUUCAUGGUAUACAUUUCACCAGUUUCACAUUUCAUGGGACUAACUCAGAGCCAUUUCUAGAGCUUGUUUAACUGUUUGAGCUACAAGAGUAUUGUUUGACCUCAAAGUAUAAAUGUUGUCAAAAGUGCUGUGCGUAAGUUUUGAAUAAGCAAAUGUUAUUUAGUGGUUUCAGAGCAAUUGGUCUUGACCCCAAAUGUCCCCCACUUCAAUAUUAAUAGUAUCAUUUGACCAUGCAGAAAUAAAGCAUGACACCACAAACCAUAUCAAACAUAGCACUGACUGAAUAACACUCGUUACCUAAACAGCCAUUUGUACAUAUGUGGAAGAUUGAAUGUGGAAUAGAAACAAUUUUAAAGUAUAGGUCAUUUUCAUUUCAUAGUAUUUACCUUAUUUUCUGUAGGAACAGGUGUGGUGACUUGCAAGUUGAUCUGAUUUAAGGUGUCAUCUGCUUUAACAAUUUUCAGCUUGUUUUGCUGCUUGAUAUAGUUUAUUUUUUUAAUUAAACGGAAUGUAUUAUCUUAAUUAACACUGCUUUGUACCAUAGCAGUCAUACUUCUGAGUUUGUGUUUUUACAUGCAGUAAAUAAAACCAGAUGCUAUCAUA